UAACUCCGCUCCCCUCCAGGGCAGACGCCAAGCUUGUCAUACCUAAGCAUUCGCGUUCGUUUUAGUGAAAUCGCUUCGUUGCGGCAUCUGCAUUGGUGAUUGCAUUACCCAGAUCUUUUCCCCAAGCACAUAUUAGCUGGAAUAAAACGAUGGCAGCGGUUUUCCGAGCCCGUUCCACCAAGUUGGUCCUCCACUCGGCGAUUCUGGUGCUCCUGGUGGUUGCCGCCAACACUGCAGGAUGUCUCGCCGUGCAGCGGCCCUACCUUGACGCUAAGCAACACGCGGUGCUCAAGGAGCUGGCGCAGCAGUGGGGCAAGUUCAAGGGGUCGACCACGUGGUCCGCGUCGGGCGGGCCGCGGCGCUGCAACACGUACGUCGGCGUGCGCUGCAACCCCAAGGGCUUGAUCAACAACAUGACGCUCGUGGAGGCGGGAGCCAAGGGCCCCAUCGGCACGCUUACCAAGCUCGCCUCGCUGCGAUACCUCGACCUGUCGAGCAAUGCCAUCAACGGGACCAUCAGCAGCCUCAGCAAGCUCAGGGGACUCGUGCACCUCGACCUGAGCGGCAAUCCCGAGGUGUCCAAGGGAUUCGAGGCUCUCCCCGCCAUUCGCGGCCUCGCCCACCUCGAUCUCUCUGACUCGGGGCUCGAGGGUCCUGUUCCGGCAUUCCUCGCUACCAUGCGACUCACUUACCUCGAUCUGAGUCUGAACCGUCUCAAGGGGACCAUUCCCGCAUUCAUUGGCUUCAUGAAGAGCCUCGUGUACCUCAACCUGGCGGCCACGGGUGAGGAGGGUCUGAGUGGCCCUCUGCCUCGCAGCAUUGGCGGCCUCGCCAACCUCAAAGAGCUGUACCUGCACAAGAACCGCCUCAUGGGGCGGGUCAACUCCAUCGGCAAGCUCACCAAGCUGCAGCGCCUGCUGCUGGGCGACAACUACUUCCGCCAGACCUUCCCUGCCAACUUCCAAGCCCUCCGCAACCUCGAUUACCUGAGCAUGCGCUACAACUCCUUCUCCGGUGAACUGCCUUCCUUCAUCGGGAACCUCACCAAGCUCAGCUUCCUCUCGCUCAACGACAACCUGCUAGCUGGCUACGUCCCCGCCAGCUUUAAGAACCUCCAGAACCUCCAGACACUGAACCUGCAGAACAACCGUCUGAGCGGCUACAUGCCUGACUUCCGUACACAGAGCAAGCUCAAGUCCAUUGACGUGAGCGGCAACUACAUCACCGGACCCCUCCCCAAGUUCGCCAGCAUGCCAGAGUCGGCCAAUUUCAACAGCAACUACUUCUUUGGCUCCUCCGCCCCCGCCACCACCACCGCCGGCAAGGCCAUUUGCUCUGCAGACAUCGGCAAUAACUGCAUCGCUAUCCCCUCCUCUUACAGCUGCGGGUCCAAGCCCAAGCAGAGAGUGGCUAAGUCCUGCCUGCAGUUCUGCGGGACCACUGGAAGCUCCCAGUGCGGUGGAAAGGGGUUUUGCACGGUGGAAGUGAGGCACAACAAGGUUUCGCCGAUCUGCAUGUGCAGUAAGGGGUACAAGCAGUCGGCCAACAGGCAGAGUUGUGUGAAGGCGGCAUAAUAUGAGGCUUUGUGGGGGGGGGGGGAAAGGCAUGGCUGUUGCUAGGGGUGAAGAGAACAGGAGCAUACCGGUGCAUGCCAGAAUACCAAGGACUCACUAUGUUUGGAAUAAUUGUAGCAUGCUGCAAUGACGGCUUCCUGCUGCAUUAUACAAGUUGUUAUGCGAUCUAGGGUGCAUAAAUGGACUUCUUAUUA